AUGCAGUACAAUUACACCACCCUCGCUCUUUCCCUGUUGGCUGCCACUGGCGCCAUCGCACGGCCCUACUACUCGUACGAACAAGACCACUCCAUCAGCGUCUCCUUCACCGAUGGUGUACUCGUGAAUGAUGGACUCUCAUUUACCGAAGGAUACGCCGAGACUCAGGUUCCCCUCAGCUUCAACCAAUUCACCCAGAUCACCCUGACCCUGGGCAAGGACGUGGUCAACCAAAACCUGCGCUGCCAAGCACAAGACACCAAUGGCAAGCCGAUUGUGGUGUUGCGCGGGGCCAACACAGACGUGAGCUUCGGCGACGGCGGCAAGGGAGCCUGGACCUUCCGAGCCCCUGCAACCAUCGCCAACGUCACCUGCGACGAUGCUUUGAUCAAAAUCGACCCGGAAGAUGACCGCCUCAACCUCCGAGUCGUUCUCAGCAAUGACGCCACUGAAACGGGUAGCCAGACUCAGCUCAAGGCCGGUGUAUUCCAGGACGCCGUCCCCGUGGCGACUUCGGGUCCAUUUGAUUCUGUUGAGCUCAGAGUUGGCGAUCUCGUCGCCAAGCAGGACCAGCGUUGUCAGGUCCUCGACAGCUUCGGCAAUCCCAUCACCGUCCACCGCAAUGGCAAGACUGAUAACACCUUCAGCGACGCCAAGAAAGGUGCCUGGAUUUUCGAUGCUGCCACCGAGGUCGCCGAAAUCAUCUGUGAUCCCAACUUCGUCGGAGCUUCCUCUUGA